UUCCCCCCUCUCCUUUUCUUUACCUUCUUCCUCCUCAACCAACCACAUCAUUUCCUCCUUCUCCUCUUACUCCGAUUAAUUCUCCACCACCACAUCGCAAACCCUAGAGCCCCAAAUUCAAGACCUAAAAGACAGAGGUCAGAACAGAGGUUUGAGAUCCGUCAUCGGCGACGACGACUACAAAAUGGAGCUUUUCCCUGACUUAUCUCUCCAAAUCAGCCCUCCAAGCUCCACCUCUCGACCUUCAACUCGGAAGAACCCUAAUCUCAUCGAUCAGAGCUUUGAGCUAGAGUUUUGGAGAAGGCCACUGCCCACCGCCGCCUCCGACCGCCGAGAUGCAACUAUUGAUUUAGAUCUCUCCUCGCCAAGCUCGAAUAGUACUGCUAGUAGUAAUUGUAAGCACCACAAUCUCCGCCUUCACCCCUAUUCUCACCUAUUUCCCCACCGAAGAGGAGGAGUGGACGGUGGCGGAGGCGGCUGCGGCGGCGGUGGUGAAGGAGGAGGUUAUGAAGAUACUAAGCCCAUAAAGGGGAUCCCUAUCUACCACAACCCUCCAUCUUCCUUUUCUCUCCUGGCUCUCCAACGCCGACCAUUGUGCAAGGCCUCCUCGUCCUCCAGCAACUUCGCCUUCCCCUUCGCCGCCUCGCAAUUAGGGUUCGCCCAGAGAUCAUCGGCGAUGAGAAUGCCCCUCAUGAUUACCAGGCGAGGCGGCGCUAGGGCACCGAGGAUGCGGUGGACGACGAACCUCCACGCACGGUUCGCGCACGCGGUCGAGUUGCUCGGAGGCCACGAGAGAGCGACGCCCAAAUCAGUGUUGGAGCUCAUGGAUGUGAAGGAUCUCACCUUGGCUCAUGUCAAAUCUCACUUGCAGAUGUAUCGAACUGUGAAGAACACUGACACGACAAUAGUUUCUUCAGGGCAAUCUGAUGGAUUUGAGAACGGGUUCAAUGGAGAAAUAUGCGAUGACAAUUUGCCGGAAAUUAAUCCAAGCACGCAAAGAGUAAGAGCACAUCAUGGAGCCACUCAUAAUGACUUUGGGAGCAAUAAUUCAUCGAGUAGGGGAGGCUCCUCCACUGGCUUUCCUAGUGAUUCCACGACAAGUAUGAAGUCAUUUAAGAAGGACGUGCAAUCGAAAAGCUUGGAAAUGUGUUCGGAUUUGAACUCGUCAUGUGUGUCAGAGGCAUUGAGCUCGAGCCAACCUAAUCUCGAGUUCUCUUUAAGGGGGCCUCAAUGACCUAUUUAAAAGUGCAAAAGGAGCAUUGCUCAUGGCUAAAUAAAGAGCUCAAAAGAAAGAGAGACAAGGAGACAAUUGAACCAAAAGGCAGAGAGGAGGGGAAAGAAAAAGAGAAAAAAGAAAGGGAGAUUGUUUCUCUAUGUACUGUAUAUUUCAACCCGAAACAUUUUAUCGUUAACCCUCAAUAUUAUGCUACAUGUGUGUCUUGUGAGGAAAGGGACGAUAAAGUUACCUCU